AUGAUUCUUAACUUGUCAGUAUCAAGUGCAAUGAACGUCUCAGUGAUUCCAAAUCUACGAGACUCCUUUCGAUAAUACAAUGUCUACUUCAACGAUUCCUUGUUCCUAAUUCGUUUUUAUUGAAACUUCAAAACCUUUAGGAAUUCUCGAUCAUCGUCAGGCUGCUUCUUCAGCCUUUUCACUACUCAUCAUGGAUUCCGUCAUCAAGGAGUUUAGGACGGCAUUUGCCGAGAUGAAAGGAGACCAACUCGCCGAAACAAUCAAUCCAGAUGUGCUCAACAACCCAGCCAAAUUACUAGCAAUUUGGGGUCGAGGAAAUCUUCAAGAUGUUACAUAUGACCUCAACUCCCUAUUCUAUACGGACCCUUCCCGACCCAGACUCUCUAAGGAAGAGACUACCGGAUGGUUCGAAUUAUAUCUCACUUAUUGGAAGGCCAUAGGAGAGAUCCUCGCUGUGGAAGGUCUCCGCAAUGAUACUAGAGCUUCGAGCUCGUCAUGGAAGAGUGUCUAUGAGGCAUGGAAAGACUUGACACUGCAAGUUAUACGUGGAUACACUCAUUACGAAUUCGAAAACUGGACCAUCCCGUGCUUGUAUGUGGCAGGCAAGUAUCUACGUCUGUUUGCUAUUCGAGCGGACGAGGAGAAGAAGAAUAGCAACGACGAUACUUCUGAGGCCAUGAUGCAAGAUGAUUUCGACCCCGAAUCAGAAGAGCAUAAGAUGCUUGAAGAUUGCACGCGACAUCUUAACAGAAUCUUUCAGACAUGUCUGAAUGAUAGGGCGCCACUAGAGGAAUCACGUAAAUGGGGAAUUUACUAUGCCAUCAAUCUCUUAUUCAAGAGUUACUUCAAAUUGAACUCGGCAACUCUAUCUAAGAAUGUUUUGAGAGCAAUCCAAGCUGGCCGAGGAGAUAUGCCAACCCUCGACAAAUUCCCGAAGUCACAGCAAGUCACCUUCAAGUAUUACGAAGGGGUCUUGUCAUUCCUCGAGGAGAAUUAUGUACAGGCUGAACAACAUCUUACCAUAGCCUGGCAUAUGUGCCACAAAGACGCAAAGCGCAACCUAGAAUUAAUCCUAACCUAUCUUAUUCCUUGUCACCUUCUCACGACUCACACGCUGCCUAGUGCCCAGCUGCUUGAGCCGUUUCCACGAUUACAGAAGCUCUUCUUACCGCUGGCCACAGCAAUCAAGAAAGCAGACCUCCACGCAUUCGAUGUUGCCCUACGAGAUGGUCAAGAUGAGUUCAUAAAGCGUCGCAUCUACCUAACUCUGGAACGUGGCCGCGAUAUUGCGCUGAGAAACCUGCUACGAAAGGUGUUCACUUCGGGCGGCUUUGAGGAAGGGAAGGAUGGCGCGGCACCCGUUCGUCGCACGAGGAUUCCUGUUUCUGAAUUUGCUGCGGCGAUGAAGAUUAGUAGUGGCGAAGACAUCGAUACUGAUGAGGUAGAAUGUCUAAUGGCUAACAUGAUCUAUAAGAACCUAAUGAAGGGAUAUAUCGCUCACGAACGCGGCUUUGUUGUACUAAGCAAAACAGGUGCCUUUCCCGGUACGAAGGUCUGAGUCAAUGGAAUAGAUAGACAGAUGAGACUCAUACAUGUCAUCCGACUGAGUAAGGCGGAUUGAGGGCAGGCUGUACUUUAAGUACGUGUCACCCGCUUUGGAAGAUGAAGGGGCCAGACCGAAAACCACAUAAUCACGACAACAGCCGGUUGCCUUGCGUGAAGAAAUGCGGCUGACUUCGGGGGAGGUGUGGGGAAGUUAGAUUCGGGAAUUCAUGAAGACCCACGCCGCGAUCUUGCUUGGUCGCAUAUUAUGACAUAAUUGAUAUUGCCCCCGUUUGUUUGGUACAUUGGUACUUGAGGCAGUUUUGAAGUGAUGUGAUCAAGGUAGGUAGAGCGCUCUGCCUAGAGACGUAUCACGUACUCCGUUUUCUCAAUUCUAGCUCGGUAAGGAAUGGGUGUCGAUAGAUAAGAUACAUACAUCGAUGAAAAACGUACCGAACUAGUCUCAUUCUCAAACCAAUAUAAUAG